AUGGCAUUUCAGACCGGUCGAACCAGACCGCCGAACCGGAACGCACGCAACAACGAGGGCCGUCAGAAUUACGCCUCUGAUGCCGAGCUCUUAUCCGGCGCACGCCCAAACGUAGCCGAUCGCCAUGGUGAAGAUUCUGACGUGCAGUUCAGCUCUGACUCGGAGAGCUCCUCCGACUCGGAUGGCGAGUCGACGCGGUUGUCAGGACUCGCGGCGAGCUUCCGAGUGGUGUCCGAUUCGCUUCUGAGAAUGGAGCAAACGGAGCUGGAGAUGGCCAAGGCGAGGGAGGCUUUGCGGUUGAAAGCAGAGAAGCAGCGGGUUGAGCUGGAGGCCGAGUUGACUCAGAUGCUGUUGCAGACUCAGUUGCAGGUGGCGUCGUUGGUUUCGCGGCAGAGUCCGAGGCGUAAAAGGAAGAGAGUUGAAGACGCAGAUGAGUCGCCGUCGCCGUCGUCAUCAAUCUCCCAAAGGGAAGGAGCUUUGGUGUUGAGCCUUGUUCAAUGCAAUUUGCUAUUUUAG